AUGAGUGAAAUUAAAGAAGAUGUUGUACGAGAGUUGCACACUCAAGCAUGCAAAAAUUUUCUGAGACGUAAAGUUGACAUUCGUGACAAGGACGAAUGUUGGCAGGCUGAUCUUGUCGAUAUGAUUGAGCAUGCACAAGUAAAUUCUGGCUGGGCAAUUGGUCUCAAAAGUAAAACAGGAAAAGAAGUCUCUGCUGCAAUGGAAAAAAUAUUUAAACAAGGACGAGUUUGCAAAAAUCUUCAUGUUGAUCAAGGAACAGAGUUUUAUAAUGCAAUUUUCGAAAAAAUGUUAAAAAAAUACAAUGUCCAUUCGUAUUCAACAUAUACACAUUCAAAAGCAUCAAUCAUUGAACGAUUUAAUAAAACAAUUAAGAAUAAAAUAUGGUUUCAAUUCAGUUUACAAGGUAGCUUGGAUAAAAAUGGAUAG